AAUGAGUUUGCAUCUCGUAACUCAUUCUUGCCUCCAUUGAGCUCUUUACUCAUUCACUCACUUCUUCACGCUCUUUCUCUUUCUCUUUCUCUUUCUCUUUCUCUCUCCAACUCCCAACUCUCUCCUCUCAUUUUUUCUUUUCUUUCUCCUUAUUCAUGAAUAUAAAAUAUAAAUACCUGCGAUCUUUUUAAUCACAUAAUCCCUACCACUUCUUUUUCUAUUCAUGUCAGAAAUAACUUCGUCUCUUCAUAAAACAGAAGUUGAUGAAAAAUCUCCACACCAGGGGGACCAGAAUGGUAGCAAACUAGAAGGGCUCGUGCAUGAGACCCAGCAGACACACCCAUCUUCAUUGUCAUCAAAACCAUCAGUAACAGCAUUAUCCGCAUCAUCAUCGACUGUUCAUACAAAUGGAUCGGAGAUCGCUGCUACUGUACCAGUUGGACCGGUCAUAGUACCGGAAUCCACGAAAGAAAAAGAAAUUACGCGGAUAGAGCCGCCUGAUGGUGGAUAUGGAUGGGUUGUGGUGGGUGCCUGUUUCUUGAAUAAUUUUUCAAUGUUAGGAAUCAUGUUUUCCUGGGGCAUUUUUCAACAACUAUACAAGACUGAGGUUUUUCCAGGUCAAGUGUCUGCAGUCUCAUGGAUCGGCACAUUGGCUUUUGGAUCUAUGUACAUCAUUGGGGGUGUGUUCUCUUUAUUUGCAGCUAAGAUUGGAUAUCGUAAGAUGAUCUUAAUAGGAUCUAUUCUUGUUGCUGGAGGAUGUGUCGGAGCAUCAUUUGCGACUGAGGUUUGGCAUUUAUAUCUGAGUCAGGGCUUCCUGUAUGGCCUGGGUGCCGCAAUGGCAAAUCCAUGUAUCUUGGCUGCCCCUUCCCAAUGGUUUGUCAAGCGUCGUGGAAUGGCUUCUGGCAUUGGUAUUUCAGGCUCUGGGAUCGGCGGGCUAGUGUUCUCUGUACUGAUCCAAAAAUUAAAUGCUUCAAUCGGCUAUCGAUGGUGCCUGCGAGUUCUGGCGAUCAUUGUCUGGUGUUCAAUGGUCAUUUCUGGGAUAUUGAUCCGACAGUUUUCUGCAACGGGAGCGCGAGCAGUGAAUGUAUCGAUGAAGGAUAUUGAAACCAUGAGGCGACCUGCAUUUUUAAUCAUGAUCACUGGUGUUCUCUUGACAUCUUUUGGAUACUUUGCUCCCCUCAAUCUUUUACCAUCUUAUGCUGUAGAUCAUAAUCUCUCACAAAGUCAGGGCGCUAUGAUCAACUCGUUCCUGAAUGGUGCAUCAUUCUUUGGCCGGUUUGCUGGCGGAAUCUUUGGUGACAGAUUCGGGCUCGUCAACUUGACGCUAUUUUGCGUCGCAACAAGUGCAUUGACAACGCUGCUCAUUUGGAUGUUUGCAACAACCCUCCCUGUGUUGCUCGUCUAUGUCAUCCUAUAUGGCCUUAUGGGCGGUGGGUUCAUUUCGUUGCUUGCACCAGUUUUGGCUGAGCAAUUUGGAACGGGGUCCCUAACCAUUUUGGUUGGAGUCACCUUUGGAGUCAAUGGGUUCGGAUCUCUUACAGGAACACCGAUUGCAGCUGCCAUUUUGGCAAGCUUGGGUGGCGGUGAAUCGUCCGGUGAUGAUGGUACUGCACAGGGACCUGUUAAUCUGCAUGCAUAUAAAGGGACCAUUGGAUUUAUUGGUGGCAUUAUGGCACUAGGAGCCGUCGUAUUCGUUUACCUCAAAUGCAAAGUUGGAGGAAAGCACAAGGCUUCACACCAAGCAUAAAAACACAUAGACUUUAUAUAGAAUAGAUGGUCAUCAUGAU